UCGAUCAAAGUGUUGUUUAAAGCGAAUUUUAAUGUCUCCAGUAAUAUCAAAAAUUCCAGAUAAAUUGGAACUCCCAGAAGAAGAGCUUGGAGGCGAAUUAGUUGAAGAUAUACCAAGAUCGAUGAGAAUUUUGAUGACAUGUGCAGAAAGUUCAUCGGAAAUUUUUUGUUUGAGAUUUGACCACAUGGUAGCGAUCCCUAUGAUUAAUACUGGACUAAUAAACAAAAAAACAGUGGUUAAGGUUAAAAAAGGCAUGACUCCCGAAGAGUUGAGCAAUGAUAAACUGGACAUGAUUAGGCGUAGUAAUUUUAUUAAGAGAUCUUAUUGGUGGAUCAAAUUUUUUAGUUAUUAA